UUGUUGUCAGAGUAAGAUUGACAUCUGCCUCUCUGGACAGAAAUCAUGUGACCUGAGCCCCACAGUGGUGCAGUCACAUCAGGGCCAAAUUUAGCCAUAUUCCAAACUGACUCAGCUGGAGAUCAGAGUCACACCAUCAACACACAUCUUCUAUAAAACACCAGACUUAACUGGCACUGGCCUUUUCUGAUAUUGGUCAUUGGGCGUCGACACGCCCCCCCAGAGGGUUUUAACUGGGGAGCGGGGUGACAGAGGGAGGAUGUUAGCCCAGAGCCGGAGUACCACGUCCGUGACAGCCAGUCAUUGUGUUGCAGCGACUGAUAGUGUCAGUGUUGGGAGCAGACCCACAACAGAUGCUGAACAGAUAAUAGAAGCUUUAUCUGUGGAUAUCAACUCCGUGACACACAUUUACAUGUGAAUAUGAACAAGGGCUCCUUCAAAGAAAGCAUGUCAGAUGACAGUGCGUCAGCCGCCAGCAGUAUGGAGGUGACCGACCGCAUCGCCUCCCUGGAGCAGAGGGUCCAGAUGCAGGAGGAUGAGAUCCAGCUGCUGAAGUCAGCUCUGGCCGACGUGGUCCGCAGGCUCAACCACUCUGAGGAGCAGCAGGCCAUGGGGUCACGCAGGGGACCCACUAAAGCCAGGCCAAUGAUUGCCACCCUGCCGUUACGGCCCACAGUAAACAACGGGACCGUCCUACCAAAGAAAGGCAGCGGCACUCUGCCCUCCCCAUCUGGACCUGGAUCCAGAAAGGACACCAGCACACCGGCCAACAAGAGUCUGUCCAGUUUGUCCUCUUUGUCUGGAUCUACCAGAAUUCUCUAUCUGCCUCUCAGCACUGUGAGGAGAGCCAACUCUAACGAGCACGUGGGAACUCUCACGCGUAAAGAUUCGGGCGACUCCAAGGGCAACCGAACUCGCGCCGGAUCCACCGGCAGCAACUCCAGCGGCAAAAAAAGCGACAGCAAACAGAGGGAUCCAGUGUUUAACGCAGGGAUGCGACGUGUGACCCACUGCAAAGAGGAAGGUUAUGUGAAAAUGUUUUUGAAGGGUCGUCCCAUCACCAUGCACAUGCCCAAAGACCAAGUGGACAGCUACUGCCUGGAGGCCCGAGCCGAGCUGCCCAGCAACAAACUCAAACUGGACUGGGUCUACGGUUACCGCGGUAGAGACUGUCGCUCCAACCUUUACUUGCUGCCCACUGGGGAAACGGUUUAUUUCAUCGCCUCAGUGGUCGUCCUGUUCAAUGUGGACGAGCGGCUGCAGAGACACUACACCGGACACACAGACGACAUCAAAUGCCUGGCCGUCCACCCCGACAAAAUCACCAUAGCAACCGGGCAGGUGGCGGGCACCUCUUCAGAUGGAAAACAUCUUGCUCCUCAUGUUCGUGUGUGGGACUCGGUCAGCCUCAACACCCUCCACGUCCUGGGCGCAGGCUUCUUUGACCGAGCCUUGGUCUGCUUGUCUUUCUCCAAGUCGAACGGAGGAAACACGCUGUGUGUUGUAGACGACUCCAACGAUCACGUGCUGUCUGUGUGGGACUGGCAGAGAGAGGACAGACUGGCUGAGGUCAAGUGCUCCAACGAGUCAGUGUUUGCUGCAGACUUUCACCCGACAGACAGCAACAUCGUCGUCACCUGUGGCAAGUCACAUCUCUAUUUCUGGAACCUGGAGAAAGGCAUGCUGGCCAAGAAGCAAGGACUGUUUGAAAAACAGGAGAAGCCCAAGUUUGUGUUGUGCGUGACCUUUGCAGAAAAUGGAGACGCUAUAACUGGAGACUCAAGUGGGAACAUCCUGGUGUGGGGAAAAGGCACUAAUCGCAUCAGCCACGUCAUCCAAGGAGCUCACGAGGGCAGCAUCUUUGCUCUGUGCAUGCUGAGGAACGGCACGCUAGUGUCUGGCGGUAAAGACCGGAGGCUCGUCUCUUGGGACAGCAGCUACCAACAGAUACAGACGGUGGAGGUGCCUGAGUUGUUUGGUCCCAUCAGGACCAUCGCAGAGGGCCGAGGGGAGACGGUGCUCAUCGGGACCACCAAGAACUUUGUUUUGCAGGGCAGCUUGGAUGGAGAAUUCAUGCCCAUUACACAGGGUCACACUGACGAGUUGUGGGGUCUGGCCGUUCAUCCCUGUACGCCUCAGUUCCUCACCUGCGGUUACGACAGGCAGGUCAGCCUGUGGGACUCCAGCACCCACCAGCUCAUCUGGACCAAGAACAUGGAGGACGCGGCCCAAUCAGCAGGCUUCCACCCGACUGGAGCUGUGGUUGCCGUAGGAACCCAAACUGGCAGGUGGCUGGUGCUGGACACAGACUCCAAGGAUCUAGUGACGAUGCACACAGACGGGAAUGAACAGCUGUCUGUUAUGCGCUUCGGUCCAGAUGGUAACUUCCUCGCCAUCGGUUCCCAUGACAACUACAUCUAUAUCUACGCUGUGGCAGAAAAUGGGAGGAAGUACAGUCGAGUGGGGAAAUGCUCGGGUCACUCCAGUUUCAUCACCCAUCUGGACUGGUCAGUGGACUCCCAGUAUCUGGUGUCGAAUUCAGGAGACUAUGAGAUACUGUACUGGAUCCCGUCCGUGUGCAAACAGGUGGUCAGUGUGGAGACCACAAGAGACAUUGAAUGGGCCACUUACACCUGCACUCUGGCCUUCCAGGUCUUCGGCUUGUGGCCCGACGGCUCAGACGGCACCGACAUCAAUGCUGUCUGCAGGUCCAGUGACAAGAGCCUCCUGGUCACUGGAGACGACUUCGGGAAGGUCCAUCUCUUCUCAUACCCAUGUUCACAGUUCAGGGCUCCCAGCCAUGCGUACGGCGGCCACAGCAGCCACGUGACCAAUGUGACCUUCCUGUUUGACGACAGCUACCUGGUGUCGACCGGAGGGAAGGACAUGAGCGUGAUGCAAUGGAGGAUAGUCUGAGUGCACGGACUGAAACAGAUACUGUCAAUUUAACUGCUGCUGGGGCCUGAAAUCCAGCCAAACCAAACUGAACUGCACUUAACUGAACCGAACCAAACUUGAAUUAACUCAGAUGCUAAAAAAAGAAGUGGAUUUGACUGAGCUGAGGCGACAGAAGAGGAACUGAAGCGCCCCACUCUCCCAUCACAAAUGAGAUGAACUGGUAGAGACGUAAUGAACGGUUACUCCAGAUUUAAAAUCCUGAAUAUUUCUCCUUUUUCUUCAUUCACACUACAUGUAAAAGUAAAAAGAAAAGAUCUGUCACGCACUGUAGCCAAGUCACCAAUGACACGAAGCAAAUCAAACGGAUCAAAUCCAACUAAACAAAACCAAAGGCUUUGACUUCCUGACUGCAUUUGUACAACUGGGCUUAACUGUUCUUUCACUGUAUCGUGCACACUCCUGCUCCAGAUGAUGAGUGAGUUUGUUUCUGAGCCUUUCCAGGCUGAAUAUCAUCGAGCUGAAGAUACGACAGCAUCUGGACAAAAAACUGUACAGAAAGAGAACGAACGUGGGGAUUUUCUAACGAUUAAACUUUUUAUUUUAUUUUGUAUUUAACAACUCAGGAAAGCGCCAGUGAAGCAGGAUCCUUCCCUGUUAUUAACGCUGACAUAUCAGAGCGAGCCUCUGGCAGCCCUAAAAACAUUUCACUAAAAUGUUCACAGAGGUGCCGACCACGGUUCUUAUCUGAUUCAACUGGUUGUUUGGAUUAAUUUGCAUCGAUUAAUUGUGUUUUAAUAUCACCUAUACAGUGAAUUUAGUGGACAUGAAUAGUUCCCAGAAAGAAGAAUAAUAUUUCCAGUAUUUGGAGCAAUUAUUCUCAGAUGAUGAGUAAUAACAUUAUCUAAAUUCAAAAUACGCAUUUUAACCAUUUUCAACAAGGUUUUCUGAACAUUUCCCAGAUGUUUGUGCUUCCUGGUCUUAAAAAACAGACACUUUUCCCAAUAUUUAUUAGUCAUGUUACAAAUCCAUCACUGUCAAUAUCAGUUCCUUUGAGUUUUUAUUCCCCAAACCCUGGUUUGCCCCCAUGAUGUAUAAAUAUAGAGAACGAACUGAUAUGAGCAGAAUGUGUGUGAAUAUACAAGAUUUGAAACUGUUUCCAGUUUUUUGCGUGGAGCUGCUGAGGUUUAAGGAGAAUCACGUGUUUGGUUUUUCAAUGACAUGAAGCCUUUUUCUAAUCUGUGUCGCUCUGCAGAUCAGUUUGUGAAGGAUGAAGACGAGACCAUCGCACUGUAACUGUUUAUGUCUGACGAUCUCCUCAGGUGUGCAGUCACUGGCGAUGUGUUUUCAUUUCACUGAACCCUCUUGAUGUGUUUCUUUUUCUAUAUUUCACUGCUUCAGCCUGAUAAACACACAAAUACUCCUGUAAUCACCAUUUAUCACUUACUGGAGUUUUUCUCAAACCAGUGUCUGCUCUCAACCGUCCACUCAGACCUAUGGUACGGUACGAGUGCGUCACAUUCCUCAUCUCACGGUCAACAGAAGCCUAAAUGAGUCACAUGCUGCAGGACUCACAUUAGUGAUGAUUUCAAUGGGGUGAAGCAGAUUUUUAGUGUGACCAUAAUUGCCACUGAUAUGAGCUUUUGAAAUCUGGUUGUUGGACUUGUGUCAUCAGGAAAAAACACUAAGAAUCUAACUGCAGUGAUAAAAGUCACCACUCUACAGAGUGAAUGUAACAGGGUUUGUGUUACCACUAAACACUCGGGGCUGCAGGACCAUUGGACACUUAACAUUUUGUCUGAGAGUAAACGCAACAUGAAAUACC